CUUUGUGCGGAUCGGUCGCAGUUAGCAACGGACCGCAAACACACACACACACACAUACACACACACAUACACACGGCGGAGGAGACCCGAAAAACACACACCUUACAGCGACUGUACCGUGACGGCGCCGGCCUGAAAAUGGUCAUCUGGUGAGGAGCGCCGAAGCUUUUAGGUGGAGGAGUGGCAGACAGCGCCACCCAGGCGCGCAGAGUGGGACUGCAAUCCCACCUCACAUCCCGACACACCAGCCUCUCCUGAAGCGUCGCUGCUGCCCCCCCCCCCCCCACACCUCCCCCGAGAGCUGAGCGAGUCGGGACGACAGAGACAUAGCAGCCGAGGAGAGGAAGAGGAGCCGGGGCGGAGGAGGAGCAGGAAAGGAGGAGCGUUGUUUUCUGUAAGGGAGAGGAGAGGCGAGGACGAGGGGCUCUACAAUGUCGUCGAACAGGACCCAGAACCCCCACGGACUGAAACAGAUAGGCCUGGACCAGAUAUGGGACGACCUGCGGGCUGGAAUCCAGCAGGUGUACACACGGCAAAGCAUGGCCAAGUCACGCUACAUGGAACUCUACACACAUGUAUAUAACUAUUGUACCAGCGUCCACCAGUCCAGCCAGGGCCGGGGCUCCGUGCCUCCUGCCAAGCCCUCCAAAAAGUCCACCACUCCGGGCGGGGCUCAGUUUGUGGGCCUGGAGCUCUACAAGAGACUCAAAGAGUUCCUGAAGAACUAUUUGACCAGCCUGCUGAAGGAUGGCGAGGACCUAAUGGACGAGUGUGUGUUGAAGUUUUACACCCAGCAGUGGGAGGAUUAUCGUUUCUCCAGUAAGGUCCUGAACGGGAUCUGCGCCUACCUCAACCGUCACUGGGUCAGACGAGAGUGUGACGAGGGACGCAAGGGCAUCUACGAGAUUUACUCACUGGCACUUGUGACCUGGAGGGAGUGUUUAUUCCGACCUCUCAACAAACAGGUAACAAACGCCGUGCUGAAGCUGAUCGAGAGAGAGAGGAACGGAGAGACCAUCAACACCAGACUGAUCAGUGGAGUGGUUCAGUCUUAUGUCGAGCUGGGCCUGAACGAGGAAGACGCCUUCGCCAAAGGCCCGACGCUGUCUGUGUACAAAGAGUACUUUGAAUGUCAGUUCCUCACUGACACAGAACGUUUCUACACACGUGAGAGCACAGAGUUCCUGCAGCAGAACCCCGUCACCGAGUACAUGAAGAAGGCGGAGGCUCGGCUGCUGGAGGAGCAGAGGCGCGUGCAGGUUUACCUCCAUGAAUCCACCCAGGACGAGCUGGCCAGGAAGUGUGAGCAGGUCCUCAUAGAGAAACACCUCGAGAUCUUCCACACCGAGUUUCAGAACCUGCUCGACGCCGACAAGAACGAAGAUCUCGGAAGGAUGUACAACCUGGUCUCUCGGAUCACCGACGGUUUGGGUGAACUGAAGAAACUUCUAGAGACUCACAUCCACAACCAGGGCCUGGCCGCCAUCGAGAAGUGUGGCGAGGCCGCGCUCAACGACCCCAAAGUCUACGUCCAGACCACCUUAGAUGUCCAUAAGAAGUACAACGCCUUGGUCAUGUCUGCCUUCAACAACGACGCCGGCUUCGUGGCGGCGCUCGAUAAGGCGUGCGGACGAUUCAUCAACAACAACGCCGUCACCAGGAUGGCUCAGUCGUCCAGCAAGUCUCCAGAGCUGCUGGCCAGAUACUGUGAUUCUUUACUGAAGAAGAGCUCCAAAAACCCAGAGGAGGCAGAACUGGAGGACACACUCAACCAAGUGAUGGUUGUGUUCAAGUACAUCGAGGACAAAGAUGUUUUCCAGAAGUUUUACGCCAAGAUGCUCGCCAAGCGUCUCGUCCACCAGAACAGCGCCAGCGACGACGCAGAGGCCAGCAUGAUCUCCAAACUCAAGCAAGCCUGCGGGUUCGAGUACACGUCCAAACUGCAGCGAAUGUUCCAGGAUAUCGGAGUCAGUAAAGAUCUGAACGAGCAGUUCAAGAAACACCUGACCAACUCUGAGCCUCUGGACUUGGACUUCAGUAUCCAGGUCCUGAGCUCCGGGUCUUGGCCUUUCCAGCAGUCCUGCACCUUCGCUCUGCCCUCUGAGUUGGAGAGAAGUUAUCAGCGUUUCACAGCGUUUUACGCCAGCAGACACAGCGGCAGGAAGCUCACCUGGCUCUAUCACCUGUCCAAAGGAGAACUCGUCACUAACUGCUUCAAGAACAGAUACACGCUGCAGGCUUCUACCUUCCAGAUGGCGAUUCUGCUGCAGUACAACACAGAGGACAGUUACACCGUCCAGCAGCUGACCGACAGCACGCAGAUCAAAACAGAUAUUCUGGUUCAAGUUCUGCAGAUCUUGUUAAAAUCUAAACUGCUGUCUGUCGUCCGUCAGGUUUUGGAGGACGAGAACGCCAACGUGGACGAGGUGGACUUCAAACCCGACACCGUCAUCAAACUCUUCCUUGGAUACAAGAAUAAGAAGCUGAGGGUGAACAUCAACGUCCCGAUGAAGACGGAGCAGAAACAGGAACAAGAGACGACUCAUAAGAACAUCGAGGAGGAUCGAAAGCUUCUCAUCCAGGCUGCUAUCGUGAGGAUCAUGAAGAUGAGGAAGGUCCUGAAGCAUCAGCAGCUCCUCGCUGAAGUCCUGAAUCAGCUGUCGUCCCGAUUUAAACCCAGAGUCCCCGUCAUCAAGAAAUGUAUCGACAUCCUGAUAGAGAAGGAGUAUCUGGAGCGAGUGGAUGGAGAGAAGGACACGUACAGCUACCUGGCCUGAACGCCGCCACCCCCCCCUCCAUCUGCCCGCCCCUCCCUCUCUCGCACCCGCCGGCUCUCCUCAGUUUUAUUUUUAUUUGUUUAUCUUCUUCAUUUUUUUUUUUUUUAAUUUUAUUGUCUGAGUAAUAAAGUGUGGAUCCCUCUGAGCGGCGGACAUGUUGUGAGUGUGUCUGUGUGUGAGAAUCACAGCCACGCCGUGGUGAGGAAGAGGGGAGGGGAGGGGUCGCCGACGACAACGACCAUGUGACCGCGCCCCUCCCCUCUCUGAACCCCCCCACACCCCACACCUAUCACCUGAUAUGACAACCAACCUGAGGGCGAGGAGGGCAUGAACUUUGACCCCUCUGCUCUCCCUUCAGUGCAUCCUAACGAUGAAGGAACACACUCAAACUCCCUCCUGUUGAGACCGGGAAACCCCGUCUACUCGCUCGCCUCGCCCGUCCCACCCAUAGGACUCAAACACACACACACACAUACACACACACUCUCUUCCUUGUCAUAUUGUAAAUAACAACCACAGACUCUAAGAGGAUAAAAAAAAGAAAAAAAGAAAGACAAACCCCUUACUCCCUUCUUCUUUACAUAGCGCAAAAAUGUAAUGACUUAGCCUACAGCCAAUCAGAGGAGAGCCACAUCCAAAGGUUUCUGCAUGCUACUGCCUACCUGCAACCACAGUGACCCACGAAAAAGAUUAAAAAGUUAAAGAUUUAAAAAGUCGAGUCACUGGGCAGCCGACGCAGUCCACCGUACGACGAUAUGAAAUUCAACGCCGGUCCUGUAAUUUAAUAAAAAAAAGAAAAAGAAAAAAGUCUGCGACUGAUCCGGAGGAGGAGGAGGCGGCGGCGGCGGCGAGUUCAAAGCCGCCCGCCGCCACGUUGCUACUUUAUCUGCUGAAGUUGUCUGUUUGGUUUGAGGUCGGUUGGGUUCAUGCAGGAGGCCUGUUUCAUUACUGAACGGUGGACAUUUGUAUAGUGUGGUUCAUUUUCUAAAUGUGUGAUAAAUAAAAACAAGGAAAGAUUUCUCUAA